CUCUUAGAAGAUAGCUAAAGAUAAAACUUAAAGCUAAAAGGAAGAAACAACUGAUACUAACUAAUCUUAGUAUUGUUAGGAUACUUUCAACUAUAGCUGCUCCUACCUCACAAAGUAGUCGAGGAUUAAAUACACGAGUUUUUUUGUUUAGUUUGUUUUUUUAUAGUGACUACUGAUUACUGAAGUCUGAAGUGAAUGCUGAUUCUCAAUUUUGAAUGUUUGUGUCGACUGUUAAUCAUUCAUCAUUGUACUGCUGAGUUUGGGUAUUGGAACUAAUCACACAGCUAGAAUAUAGAUUUAGAGACUAGAAAAUGACUUCAAGUGUGUCUACAAAUCCAUCAACACUUUUGCCACUGGAACUGGUUGACAAAUGUAUUGGGUCCCGUAUACAUAUAAUCAUGAAAAAUGACAAGGAAAUCGUUGGAACGCUGCAAGGAUUUGAUGACUUUGUCAACAUGUUGCUAGAAGAUGUGACGGAAUAUGAAGCUACCCCAGAAGGCCGCCGGAUCACUCGUCUCGAUCAAAUCCUUCUUAAUGGCAACAACAUUACUAUGCUUGUUCCUGGAGGAGAUAUGCCAGGAGAAACCUAAAAUAUACAGAUUUUCCAAGUAAUGUAAAUAACUCGUCUAUCAGACAAUAAAACUUUUUUACUUA